AUGGAGGCACCCCGCCCUCACAGCCCCUGUGUUGGUGCAGCCACCCUCGCUCCCUCUGGUCUUCUUCCCUUCGCUCACACCAGGGCUGAUCAGAUGACCGAAGAACAGAUUGCAGAAUUCAAGGAGGCUUUCUCCCCAUUUGAAAAAGAUGGCAAUGGCACCAUCACAACAAAGGAACUUGGAACUGUCAUGAGGGCACUGAGUCAGAACCCAACAGAAGCUGAAUCGCAGGAUAUGAUCAACGAGGUGGAUGCCAAUGGUAAUGGCACCAUUGACUUCCCAGAAUUUUUGACUAUGAUGGCUAGAAAAAUGAAAGAUAUAGACAGGGAAGAAGAAAUUCGCAAGGCAUUCAGAGUCUUUGACAAGGAUGGCAACAGUUACAUCAGUGCGGCAGAGCUAUGUCAUGUCAUGACCAACUUAGGAGAAAAACUAACAGAUGAAGUAGAUGAAAUGAUCAGAGAAGCAGAUAUUGAUGGAGUUGGGCAAGUCAACUAUGAAGAAUUUGUACAGAUGAUGACUGCCAAAUGAAGGCCUACUUUCAACUCCUUUCCCCCCUUCUAGAAGAAUCA